CCUACUGCACACAACAAUAUAUUAUUAAAACACAUUAAAUACCCACGUUUUCAAAACUACAUUUUCCUCAGAGGAAACAAACACACAUAAAAAUUAUCAGUUAAAUUCUAAAAUAAUUUAAAAAUUUCUAUAAGUACUAAAUCGUUAGUAAUUACUGGAAACAAUUUUUCCCUGGAACUAGUUCAUCGAUUAGAUCAUGGAAUUCUAUCGGCACCGGCACACACCAAUCGCAGGAUAUUUUUGCCACCCAUGCUACGGUCACACCUUUCUUACAGACACACACACCCUUACCCUCUCCUCUGACCCACCCAUACACACACAAGCUCACACACACGUAGCGGGCACGAAAACAAUUAUUUUUCAUCGCCAGCGAUUUGUGGAAUUAGAUCGCAUUGGAACCAUGUCAACGGCUGGCAGAUCGGACGACGAUCCCGGCCAGAGUUCGGCCGUGGAACAGAGCACCGUUAUGGUGCCGGAUCCCGGCCCAUCAACGCCAGCGGUAUCCGAAAUAGCCGCAUCCAGUAUACGCUCGGGACUGGCGGAACUGGAGCUGCGCUCCUCGCAGGUGCUGCAGCGCUUGGAGAACGUAAAGGUUUCCACACCCGAAUUGGCCCGUGACUCGCCGGAAGAAGAGGAGCAGCAGCAACAGCAGCAGCAGGCUAGACCGGAGGACUACCUGCUGCCGGCGGAGCACCGUGUGCCCUCGGAUAUUCUCAAGUCGCUGGAGCAACUGGUCUCCUACACGGACAGUGACGAUGACCCGGAGUUUCCGCUGCCCGCCUUGGACGACGUCUCCCACUUGGCGCUCAUCUCGCACAGCAUCGUGGCGUAUCUGUCGCACCUCGAUCGCCAGCAGUUGCUUCGGGUCACGAACAGUAUUUCCGGCGACGCCACCCGCUGGCUGGGCACCUUGUUCCACUUCGGGAACCCGGCAAGCAGCUUCCAUGCGGACAAUGCGGAUGCCGUUCUGCGUACAGUGCGCCUGGCUAUAGUCGCUCGCUGCCCUGGCUAUCUAGAGGGCGGCAUUCCGGCCCUGGCCCUGCCCACGUUCUACAUUUCGGAGAACACGACGCCGGUGAGGCUGCAGUAUGCUUGCCGGCAGCUGGGAAUUCCACUGGAAGCCAUCAAGAUCAUACCCGAGCACAGCCAGAACGGCACCAUGGAUGUGACGCUGCUACAGAAGCAGAUCCAGCUGGAUGUGAGCAACAAUCGUACGCCUCUGCUGGUGGUGGCCGACAUUGGAGCCUCGCUCUGCGGCUACGUGGAUAAUUUGCUCCGUCUGCGAGACGUUUGCAAGGCGCACAACAUGUGGCUGCAUGCCAGCGGCCAUGGCCUGGCCGCGCUGGUCUGUGCCCAGAAUCAGGGUCACGUGGAGGAGGUGCUUCACUCGAUGGCCCUCAAUUUGGGCAGCUGGCUGGGCGUGCCCAGCUUGCCCAUCGUCCUGCUGCACCGUCCGCUGCAGAAUAGCGCGCUGAGUGCCUUUGAAUCCGAUCCGAUCCUGUCCCGACGCCUCAACGCGCUGAGCCUGUGGACCAGUCUCCAGGCAUUGGGCAGAAAGGCCAUUGCGGAGCGUCUGCACGUGGCAUUCCAGACAUGCAGUAUUCUCUUCGAGAUUGCCUCCAAGUGUGAAGGCAUCAGGGUGCUGAGUCACACACCUGGGGCACAGACUGGAGCCUCAUUAUCGGACAUCAUUCCGAGCCCCUUUGAUGUACAGGCCUUGUUCGAUGCCGCCGCUCCUGUUGUCGCCUAUCAAUUUGAUGGCAGUACCACCAUUCCAUUAGGAGGCAGUAGCUCUGCCGCCGCCGCCGCCGUUGCCACUGCUGAGCGGGAGACAGCCGACGGUCUGAAGCCGCUGGAGAAGGUCCACAAUGCUUCCUACUUCGAUCGCCUCAACUCCUGGCUGGGCCAGAUUCUUCAGCGCGACUGUCCAAAUUUUGACUUCGAGGUGAUUGAACACCCAACACACGGCAGCUGCAUCCGCUAUUGUCCCCUGGAAUUGGGUCUGGGUGAGCAGCCACCGAGCUCUGAAAAUCUGGAGAGCUUUGCUCAGAGCCUAGAGGCACAUGUGGACAUUUUGCGGGCAACGAUCAAGCACAAGGCACGCUUCAUCCAUUUGGUUGAGCGCAGCGAUGUGCUGCGUCUAGUCUCCCUGCCCGAAUGGGCCGGCAUGGGUGGUGUUCGAUUCGUGCCCGAGGGCUGGGAGGCUCUGCUCACGGACCAGGCCAAAACGGAGUUGAAUAAGCUCAAUAUCGAUCUGGUGGAGGCCCUCAAAUCCACGGAUAAUGCCUUCUCCCUGGGCGAGGGUACCGAUGGCUUGAUUUGUGUGCGUUUCGGUAUGGUUACCCACGAAACAGAGGUGGAGGAGCUGCUUGAUCUGGUCGUUACGGUGGGCAAGAGUGUGCAGGAGAAUUCGCGUGUUCUGGAUACCAUGUCGGAGAUUGUCAAGAAGGGCAUCGAAGCUGUCACAGCGGAUUUGCAGCGCGAAUCGGAAGAGAAGCUCUGGCAAGAGGGCAUCCUUCGGCACGUGCCCGUUGUGGGACGUGUCUUCAACUGGUGGUCACCGCCUGCCAAAGAGACUGGCAUUAAGGGACGCAGCCUCAAUCUGACGCAGGGCGUAGUCGAGAGCACAGAGAACAUUUACAAGUACCACAUGCAGAUGACCGGAGCCACUGCCCAUCAAUUGCCGGCGAAUCGUUCGCCACCAACGCCCAUGGUGCAGACGCCCGUUGGGACAGCGACGCAAACAGCCCCUGUCUUCCCCACGGUGGAGCCAGUGACUGUGCCCGGUUCUGGUGAAGAAACCCCUGAGCAGUCGGCGGCCACGCAAAACCAUGUGGAUCACGCACGUACCGUGAGCCAGAGUAGUGCGUCCAGCGUUCCGGAACUGGUUGCCGCCCCCAACAGUGCAAUUAACAAUAAUUAGCAACAAAAGGAAAAACAAAUGAAUAAGAAAAACCCCUUAAAACCCUAGAUGACAAACAAAAGGAAAAGCAGAUAAACUUAAUAGAUCAAAAGGCACAGCCAGCUAAAGUGGACUUCUUUGCGGCGACAACGAUAUGGAAUAGUUGAGAGAAGAUCCAAAAAAUAUCCAAGAGCAAGCAAAAAUAAAAAAAAAUAUACAAAUUAAUUCCAAAGAAGGAGAUGAUGA